AUGGAUAUGAUAGACUCAGGAGGCAUCAAGCGCAUUCGACAGGCUUGCGCUAAUUGCAGGCGCAAGAAGACAAAAUGCACGGGUGAUCGCCCAAUUUGCUCUCACUGUCGACGCAAUCGCUUGGCCUGCGUCUACGAGCCUUACUCAGCCACUUUAGCUGAGAACCCUGUCGCAAAUCCGACCAUACCCCUAACCUCCGCCGCAAAUAACCUGAACAAUGUCGAACUGCUGCAAAGAAUCAGCACGAUCGAAUCGCGCCUCGCACAACUUGGUGGGGCAACCCAACAAUCCCUUCCUCCGCCUUCCGUUCUACGCUCGGUAAUCGAUACCUACUUCUUACGCGUGCACAAUCAACCCUACUCGUAUUUCCAGGAAACUUCAUUUCGACAGAAGUUAGAGAACAAUUCUUUGCCGCGAUGCCUAGUAUUAGCAGUCCUCUCGUCUGCUGUACGAUUCUCUGUUCAUGAAUUUUACGCGGGUCAAACGCGUCGAGCUUCGGAAAAAUAUGCCAGAGAAUCGUGGCUCUCGGUUUUGGCAGACCAUCUGACCAUGGAAGACAACUUGAAUGUUCAUGUAGUCCAGACGGUGAACCUGUUGGCUGUGGUUGAUUAUACAGCCGGUCGCGCACGGUCGGGUUGGCUCAAGAUCGGCCUAGCCGCCCGAAUAUCGCAAGAUUUGCACCUCAUGUCCGAACCUGAUCAAUGGCUCUCUUAUUCAGAGCAGGAAGAACAUCGAAGGGCGUUUUGGUCAAUAUACUUGCUUGAUAAACUCAUCUCCUGCGGACGAUCUCGACCCCUCAUUCUUCUAGAUGAGGAUUGCGACGUUCAACUUCCAUGCGACGAGAGCACAUUUCGACAUGGGGAAUGGAGAAAGACCAGUACCAUCGGUCAAUUGCUAAAUUGGAACUCCAAGCUAACCGAAAGUCCUAGUCCAUUUGCACUUGUGGUAUUGAUGGCUUCUAUAUUUGGUCGUUGCACAAGAUACGUUCAUCAAAGUAGGAAGAUGGAAGAAAUACCCCCUUGGGAUCCAAAAUCCGAGUUUUCCGCGAUCAAUUCGUCACUAUUGCUUUUGGAGUCAUAUUCAAAGAGCUCCAGUUGGCAACUUUCCGACGUCCUUCACGGGAGCUUUCAGGCAGACGGUGCGGUCGAUCGACAAGAAAUCGGACAUCUCAUUUUCGCCCACACUCUCUUCCAUCUGUGCCACUGUCUUUUAAACCACCCAUUCCUUGUGCGACGGUGGCUUAAACCUUUCGGCGCCAAAGCGCCAGCUAGCUUCUCAUCUCGGGCUCUCCAAGAUGGAUGCGAGCAUGCGGCUCAACUCAUGGAUCUACUUCAACAAGCUACUGACCAUGGUUGCCUCGUUGAAUCUUCUUUUUAUGCAUAUUGCAUUGCCAUCGCUGGGGGGAUCCACUCUCUGGCGUCGCACUUUGAUCAAGACAGAGGCCGUGAAUCAAACAGCGUCAUCUAUUUCCAACAAUGUAUAGAUUCUCUAGAGAGGUUGGCGACGCUUUGGGUUCAUGCUGGGAACAUUGCUGCAUCGCUACGCGAGUUCCAUUCCAUCUCCCAGCCAUUUGCUACUCUACUUGAUCCAAACCAUAUGAUGGACGAGUUGGACUUUGGCUCAGAAGAAGUCAUGUGGUCAAUGAUAGAUUAUGCCAUAUUAGGCGCCGAUCCAAGCAAAAAACAGCUUUCGCCCAAGACCGGAGCGAACAUGCCGUCACCUACUUCUUGGGUUUUGGGGGCCGGCAUGCUGGGGCAAGACGCAUACAGUCCAAGUGGCAAUAUUCUAGGGGGUAUUACUCCCUCCAUGCGACUUGAAGAGGUCGAGCAAUUUCUUAACUGUAGCCCCCGGCCUAGUAACAUAAUCUAA